GUGACCAACGGUCGCGGGAAGUGCCAGCGCCACGCUCGUGACGGGAUCCCGAACUUCGUGACUCAUUCAAACUUCUCCGUAAACAUUGCGACGCCUUUUUUUUUUUUUUUAUUUAAGUGCCGGACACCGACACCCAGGAGUUUGUUUUUUAAUUUAAAUCCGUUAGUUUCAAACUAACUCGGGACUAUUUUCUGCCAACGCCGGUUCUUUCGCUGCAGCCAUUUAUUUCUCUGCGCCGCAUGGGCGUGUAGGGACCGACCAAACUAAAAAAAAUAGUUGUUUCUGCAGACUGAAUUACCGUGGUACCUUGACUUAAAGGUACGUGUUUGGGUGUAGUUUUGUGGGGGCAGAUGUCGGGUCUGGGCCGCCAGCAGCGGCCGCUGCGCCAGCGGCUGCAGUUCACCAGCAGCGACGGCGAGGACGAGCUGAACAGCACGGGCGGAGAGUCGGGCUUCACGGAGCUGGACUCGCCCCGGCGGGGGCCCGCGGGCACCAGGGGGGGCACCAGCAGCCCGCUGCUGGACCGCUCCGGCGGCGGGGACGGCGGGGACGAGGUGGAGCUCUGGGGCGAGGACGAGGAGGAGGACGGGGAGGACAGCUUCGGAUCCCCGGACCUAACCGGGCACGGCGGGUCCCCGCGGAUGUGCCGCGGCCGGGGCUCGCCGCAGCGGUGCUUCGCCCCGGCGGAGGGAUCCCCGACCCCGGACCCCCCCGACACUCCCCCGCACAAAACCUUCAGGAAGCUGCGGCUGUUCGACACGCCGCACACCCCCAAGAGCCUGCUGUCCAGAGCCCGGGCCUCGGACUCGCUCACGUCCAGCCGGAGAGUCGCCCUCUUCAAGAAUGUGGAGUCUCCGGGAAAGUCGCUGCGGCGCCGCCAGCAGGCCCCGCUGGUCAACAUUAACCCCUUCACCCCCGACGCCAUGCUCAUCCAGUCGGCCACGCAGCAGCGCAACAACAGGAAGCGCGCCCACUGGGACGACUCCUGCGGAGAAGACAUGGAGGCGAGUGACGGAGAAGGCGUGGACGAGGUCCUCCCGCCGCCCAAGCGGAUCACCAUGAUGGAGAGCAACAUGAUGUCCCGCUACGCCUCCGAGUUCCUGGAGCUGGAGAAGAUCGGCUGCGGGGAGUUCGGCGCCGUCUUCAAGUGCGUGAAGAGACUGGACGGCUGCAUCUACGCCAUCAAGAGGUCCAAGAAGCCGCUGGCCGGGUCGGUCGACGAGCAGAACGCGCUGCGGGAGGUGUACGCCCACGCCGUGCUGGGCCAGCACCCCCACGUGGUCCGCUACUACUCGGCCUGGGCCGAGGACGACCACAUGCUGAUCCAGAACGAGUACUGCAACGGCGGCACGCUGUCGGACACGGUGGCCGAGAACUACCGGCACCUCAACUUCCUGUCGGAGCUGGAGCUCAAGGACCUGCUGCUGCAGGUGGCGCAGGGCCUGCGCUACAUCCACUCCACCGCGCUGGUGCACAUGGACAUCAAGCCCAGCAACAUCUUCAUGUCCCGUAAGUCGGUGGCGAGUCUGGACGAGUGCGACGACGACGACGGACUCACGACCAGCGUCGUCUACAAGAUCGGUGAUCUGGGUCACGUGACGACGGUGAACAACCCCCAGGUGGAGGAGGGCGACAGCAGAUACCUGGCUAACGAGGUCCUGCAGGAGAACUACAGCUGCCUGACCAAGGCCGACAUCUUUGCGCUGGCGCUGACGGUGGUGGGGGCCUCGGGGGCCGAGCCGUUGCCUAGCAACGGGGAGAAGUGGCACGAGAUCCGGAGAGGGAAGCUGCCCUCCAUCCCUCAGGUCAUCUCUGCAGAGUUCCUGGGGCUGCUCAAGCUGAUGAUCCACCCCGACCCGCUGAGACGCCCGUCGGCCUCGGAGCUGAUCAAACACCCGGUUCUGCUGACGGCCGCCAGGAUGAGCGCCGACCAGCUGAGGGUGGAGCUCAACGCAGAGAAGUUCAAGAACGCCCUUCUCCAGAAAGAGCUGAAGAAGGCCCAGAUGGCCCGGGCGGCGGCCGAGGAGAAGGUUCUGUCCACGGACCGGGUCCUGACCCGCUCCACGGUCCAGUCCAACCCCCGGAACUCCCGGAUCAUCGGCAAGAAGAUGAACCGCUCGGUCAGCCUGACCAUUUACUGAGACUUUGUCCCUGACGGGACUCGGGGAACCGGGGGAACCGGGGGAACCGGGGGAAC